GCCCCCCCCAAGCUGUUUGCAUCUGCCAUUUCAAUCGAGAGAAGAAGAAAAGUGCACGCCUCGUCGGCCGUCGUUAGUUGUUGUUUCAAUCCAGAAGUAAACAUGGAUGUGUCCCGAACGUCAUUCUGCACUUUGUUGGAUAAAACGAACCAGUUGAAGUUCCUUUGCUACACACGCGGAGAUAACGGAACAUUUAACAUCUGUCUGACAGAUGCAGCCGAUGUCUGGAGCACAGAUUACACCAAGGACACAUUCAACCAGUUUAGACAGAGGUGUGCCUUGAAAUCUACAGAGGAUUAUAUUCUAAAACUCAGGUCGGCCUGUGGAAGAGGGGAAGUGUCUGUUGUGGUGCAUGACACCAGUGCAGAGCUCCAUGUGAACUCCAAUUCAGGCGACCAGAGUGUGACCCUGUCCAAGCUGGAAGGCUCACAGGCCAGAAAGGAACUGAAGGAGCUGCUGUUUAGGAUGGCUGACAGCCUCACUCAGUCUUACAGUGGAUCUCCCUCUGUCAGUCCAGUGAAAAAUCACCAAAGGCGGCCCACAGAGUUUGAACCCCAGCAGCAGCAGAGUUGUGCUCCAUCAAUGGCGAUGAAGAAACGACUUCCAGGGGCUUCUCUCAUUAACCCAGGAACUAAAAGAAAGCGUCAAGCGACUGGCGUAGCCUUUGAUGAUGUAGAUGAAGACUGAUCCUUCAGACAACUUGUUCUCACAUUGCUGCUGCAUAACCAAAGAUGAUUGUUCUUUUAUUCCACUAACACAACUUUAUGAAGUUUUUUUUAAUUCAAAGUAUUUAUGUGUCUACUUUUAUAGCAAAUUAUAUCAAUAAAAACUGGACAAUGAUUUUGAAUGCUAUUUUAAUCCAUCAAGGAAUGAUACAGUAACUUUUAUGAUAUUGGGUUGAAUUUAAUUUCAUCUGGAAAUGAAAUACAGAAUUAGUUGCAACAAAAUUAUGUCUGAAUUAGUGUAAAACAAGUGGUAUUGUAUCUGAAACAUUAUUGUUUGCAGAAGGUUGAAGAAGCCAAACUCCCAAUUCUUCAGGUGUUCUUCUGAUAUGUGCAGGCUAGACAUUAUGUGCAGGGCCAGACACAUUGUUUUCCAGGGGCCUAUCUCCAAAUUUCCAUUAACACUUUUCUUUCUCUUAACCCAUUUGACACGGAGGUGGAUUGUACUCUGUAUGAACUUCCAAUAAUAUUGAAAUCAUCCUCCUUGAAUGCAGUCAGGAUUUGUUUCAUUUUUUGGCAUGAACAUUUUUUAUUUUAUUUUUAGGUUACUCUUGUGUCCUCUCUGGUAGUCUGUUUGCAUUUGUGUGUUCAAUUUGUAGUAAUAUGAAUAGAUAGGCCAAUUAUGUGAAAUUUUGAAAAUAAAAUUCAAUAUAAAUU